AUGAAUUUCACCUCCUACUUGGAUACUCCCCAAUUCCAAGCUCUCGCUCUACAUCUGAUGAUCGGCCUCGAGAUUCCCAUUCAUUUAUUUGGAGUGUUUUGUAUACUUUUUCGGACUCCAGACUCUAUGAGAUCUGUGAAAUGGGGAAUGUUGAAUUUGCAUGUGUGGAGUAUGGGACUGGAUUUGGGGGUUAGUUUAUUGACGAUUCCAUAUAUUUUGUAUCCUGCGUUGGCGGGAUUUACACUAGGGGUGUUAACCGAUUUCGAUGUUCCAAUGGCGUAUCAAGCGUACUUGUUGGCGGUUUUGAUUGGACUUCUUGGCGUCUCGAUAGUAACCAUAUUGGAAAAUCGGUACUUCAUACUAUUCGGUCGGGAACAAUGGUGGCGUCAUUGUCGUAUGCCAUUUCUUAUUUUCAAUUAUAUUUUUGCAUUGGUCUAUUUUUACCCGGCUUAUUAUUAUUUUCCAGAUCAAGCCAGUGCAUUGAAGGAGGUUUUUCGAAUGCUCCCCGAGCUGCCACAAGAAAUCUACGAUGCUCCUGUCUUUGUUCUCGCCAUUGACUUUCACUAUGUUGUGAUUCCAGUAUUUAUUAUGUCCAACUUAUUAAUCGCCGAAUCCGGGUGCUUUAUAAUUUUGAUAUAUGGAAAUAUGAAUGAGAGGACCAAGAAGCUAUCCUUAUCCCGGCACACUAUAAAAAUGCAGAGAAAGUUUUUGAGAGCUCUGAAUAUUCAAACUGCUAUCCCGCUGCUCUAUCUGAUGCUUCCCAUGGGCUAUCUAGUGACUUCUAGAAUUUUUAAUUUAUAUUUUCAAUCUGCAAACAAUUUGUGCUUCAUCAUAAUUGGUCUUCACGGAUUAUUCAGCACCAUCAUCAUGCUUUAUAUUCAUGCCCCCUAUCGAGAAGUGUGUAAAAAAGUGUUUCAUUGCAAAUUGGAAGAUUAUUCUAGACGAUGGUCCAUGGUUUCAACUGUUUUAUGA